AUGAAAAAACGAAAUGAUUAAUUAUUAGGGUUAAUAGUAUAACAAAAUUUAAAUGCCAAUCCAAAAAUUACAUCUAUUACUAUUCCUGACAAUAAACCAUUAAGUUCAUAUAGUAUUCUCAAACCUUAAUAAAAAAUACAUAUUUAUAAUAAGGAUUAUGAGUUAAGAUAUAAUUACUAAAAAUAAAUAGAAGUAAGAUUGAAAUGUGGAAGAGAUUGAUAAAUUAUUAUGAAUAAGAUCAUCCAUAUUAUGAUUAAAUGUUGAAUAGAAAAAAAAUGGAUAUUGUUAGAUAAAAUAUCAUACUAAGGUCUUACGUGUUAAUACAGGGUAGAAUUUGUGAAUGUGUUUGGUAGAAUAAUAGGAAACAUGGACAUUGUAAAGAGAUCUUUGAUACAGGGGAAACAUUUGAGGGAGAAUAUUUGAAUGGAAAACUCUAAGGGAAAACAAUUUAUAUUCAUAAUAACGAAAGCUAUAAAGAACAAUGGGUAAAUGGAUGUAAACAUGGGAAUGGAAUUUGGAAGAUGGAAAAUGAUUUUUGUGAAGGAGUAUGGAAAUUUGGUAAAAUUGAUGGAUAUGGAGUUUAUAUUUAGAAUAAUAAAAAAUAUACUGGAAGUUUUUAGGAAUAAUUUAAAAACAUAGACAUGGAAUAGAAAAUUUUAUCAAUUGUGAUCUAUAUAAUGGAUAAUUUUCUAAUGGAAAACCAUCCUUUGAAUGAAGGUCAUUAUUGUUAUGAGGGAAUGUUUGAAAAUGAUAAAAAGUAUGGAUAAGAAAUAUUUACAUAGCCAUCAGGAAAUAAUUAUGUUGGAUCUUUUGUUAAUAAUUAGAAACAUGGAUAUGGUGAAAUGCUUUGAAAGGAUUAAUAUAACAAGGGAUAUUAGGUA